AUGAAGAUAAUCAAUUCGGUCGUUGUGGUCGGACUCUAUUAUGGAUUUCUGACCACAUUCUCCAUAGGGCCCUCUUAUCUCUUCCUUCUCCGAGCUAGGGUUAUGGACGAAGGCGUUCCUCGAAGUGACUCGAGCACUUGUCCAGAGAGGGGCGUUAACUCAACUACUUAUGUGGAAGACGUGGGCUAUCGGUCUAGGCGCAAGGGGUCUUUCUCCGCUGAGGCAUUUAGUGGUGGUAAUAAGAUGAAGGUUGCUAAGAGGGGUAGUGCUCAGGCUGAGGCAGAGUCUCCUAAGUCUCGUAAGGUAAACUGGUUCUAUUGGGUGAAGCACACUACCAUGUAG